AGUCAGCACCUUGCCUCCUUUUUGAGAUCUCAUUCACCUUCCUGCAAAAAAUCACCAAUGUGAAUUGUACCAUUAAAUUCCAGCAACCAUGGCGGAUGAGGAGGAUGGUUCAACCAUGAUUAAGUUGAACACCUCUAAUUACUCUUUGUGGAAGACUUUGAUGGAUGACAAGCUAUUUUGCAAGGACCUCUAUGAUCCAAUUGAGCACAAAGGUAUAAAACCUGUAGAAAUUAAUGAUGCUGAUUGGAGAAAGAUUGAUCGCAAAGCUUAUGGCCUUGAAGAGUUGUUUGAAAGAAAGAAUGCCUUGAAGAAAGCUUCCCUCAUUAGAAAACUAGUCAAUCUCAAGUAUAAGGAGGGCAAGAAUGUGUUUGAGCACUUGAAUAAUUUUCAAGAAAUUUUGAAUGAACUAGUUAUAGAGCUGGCCGUUGAUGAUGAGGUACGAGCAUUGAUUUUAUUGAGCUCUCUUCCGGAUAGUUGGGAGACUUUGGUGGUAACUUUAAGCAACUCAACAAGAGAUGGUGAGAUGACUCUGCAGUUGGUUAAGGACAGCAUAUUUAGUGAGGAAUCCAGAAGAAAAGAGCAAGGAAUUAUGAGUUUUGAGUUUGAAGCACUGGUUACUGAGUAUAGAGGGAGGAGUAAGCAAAGGUAUACUCGAAGAGACAAUGACAGACAGUCUCAAGAGAGGUACAACAAGGGGAAGUCCAAAGGUAGAUCAAAAUCCAAGAGCAAAGUGACUUGUUACACUUGUGGAAAGCAAGGUCAUUAUCAAAAGGAUUGUUGGCACAAUAGAGAUAAAAAUGUUAGGAAAAGGGCUGAUACUCAUGAAGAGAAGGAGGCUAAGGAGAACACUGCUACAAUUACUUCUGAUGGUGAGGUAUACCUGCUAUGUGAGAAUGAUAACAUUGAUGUUGCUCAUCAUGAUUCUACAUGGGUUGUUGAUACUGUUGCUUCUUAUCAUGUCACACCAAAUAGAGAUUGGUUUAGCUCAUAUAAAGAAGGUGAUUUUGGCUAUUUGAAGAUGGGAAAUAGAUUCGAAGCCAAGAUUGUGGGUGUUGGUGAUGUUUGGCUUGAAACAAACAUCGGGUCUAAGCUGCACUUGAAAAAUGUGAGACAUGUUCUUGAAAUACGUCUCAGUAUGAUGUCUAUGGGUAUGCUAGAUGAUGAUGGCUACCUUAAUUAUUUCGCUAAUGGGAUUUGGAAACUCACAAAGGGCACUAUGGUUGUGGCAAAGGCAAGAAGAGAUUUUCACUCUAUGAAACUCAAGAAAAACAGUGUCAGGGAUAGAUCAAUGUUACAAAAGCUGAUGCUAUUGAGUAAUCUUUCUGAAACCUGUGCUGAUUGUUUAGUUGGCAAGCAUCAUAGAGUUUCUUUUCACACUUUACCCCUGUCUAGAAGAAAAUAUGCACUUGAUUUGGUUCAUACUGAUGUUUGCUUCAUGAAAGAUAAAAGUCUAGGUGGUGCUACAUAUUUUGUGACUUUUGUGGAUGAUUUUUCUAGAAAAUUGUGGGCUUAUCCCUUGUCUAGUAAAGAUCAGGUGUUGGAAAAAUUUAAAGAAUUUCAGGCAAUGAUAGAAAGAGAAACUAGGAGAAAAUUAAAGUGCAUUAGGUUUGAUAAUGAUGGUGAAUACAGUGGACAAUUUGAGCACUAUUGUAGAGAACAAGGAAUUAAGCUCGAGAAGACCACUCCUAGAACUCCACAACAUAAUGGAGUUGCUGAAAGGAUGAACAGAACAAUAUGUGAUAGAAUUGUCUGUUUGCUGUCUCAUGCUAAGUUACUAAAGUCUUUUUGGGGCAAAGAAGUGCCUUACAAGCACUUGAGGUUAUUUGGCUAUAGGGCAUAUGUGCAUGUUCCAAAAGAGGAGAGAGCAAAGCUUGAUGCAAAGACAAAACUGUGCGUGUUCUUGGGAUAUGGUGAUGAGGAGUAUGGCUACAGAUUAUGGGACUUGAAAAAUAGAAAAUUAAUGAGAACCAGAGAUGUGGUGUUCAUUGAGAAUGAGACGGUUGAAGACUUAAAGAAGCAAGAUGACAGCGAGCACACUCAAGAAAUACCGGAUAGUGAUUAUUGUACUCCUUCAACACCUAAACCGAGUGUUAUGAAAGAUGAUCACAGUGAAGUAGAUGAGCAGCAAGUUCAAGAGCCUGUUGUUGAACAUUUUGUUGAAGAAGAAACACACCAAGAAGAGCAAGUGCAACCACCACAGCAACCUCAAGUUAGGAGGUCCACUAGACUUCAUCAACCAUCUCGAAAGUACUCCACUGGCGAGUAUGUGCUCUUGACUGACAAGGGAGAGGCAGAAACUUAUUAUGAAGCUAUGGAGAGUGGAAAAAAGAAGGAAUGGUUGAUGGCAAUGCAAGAAGAAAUGAGUUCUUUGCAAGAGAAUGGGGCUUAUGAGCUGGUAGAGCUUCCAAAGGACAAAAAAGCUUUUAAUAACAAGUGGGUCUUCAAAGUAAAGUCUAAAGUGAACAAUCCGAAUCCAAGGUUCAAAGCUAGAAUAGUGGUGAAGGGCUUUGGACAACAAAAGGGCAUUGAUUAUGAUGAGAUUUUCUCACCAGUAAUAGCUUUUCUCCAUGGUGAUCUUGAGGAGGAGAUCUAUAUGAAGCAACCAGAGGGUUUUAAGGUGCAAGGCAAGAAGAAUUUGGUUUGUAAAUUGAAGAAAAGCUUGUAUGGUCUCAAACAAGCUCCAAGGCAAUGGUAUCCAGAUGGUGAUUUCUUGAUACCUUUGCUUUAUGUGGAUGACAUGUUGACUGUUGGUCAUGACACAAAGAAAAUUGCAGCCUUGAAGACUGACUUGAGCAAGUCCUUUCCUAUGAAGGAUUUGGAGCAGUGUCCUGCAAGCAAGGAGGAAGUAGAAUACAUGAAGAAUGUGCCCUAUGCUUUUGCAGUUGGUAGUCCAAUGUAUGGUAUGGUAACAAGGCCGGAUAUAGCUCACACAGUGGGGGUAGUGAGCAGAUUUUUAUCCAAUCCUGGCAAGCAAUGUUGGGCAGCAGUUAAGUGGAUUUUCAAGUAUCUUAGAGGUACAUCUCACAUGUGCUUAUGUUAUGGUGAACAUGAAUCUUUACUUAAUGGCUAUAAUGAUGCUGAUUUGGGUGGAGAUUUGGACUCUAGAAAGUCCACUUCAGGUUACUUGAUGCUUUAUGCAGGGGGCAAUUUCAUGGAAGUCAAAAUUGCAGAAAAGUGUGUCAUUAUCCACUACAGAAGCUAAGUAUAUAGCUCUUUCUGAAGCAGAAAAGGAGAUUGUGUGGAUGAAGACUUUCUUUGAAGAAUUGGGUCUUAAGCAAGAGAGGUUUGUGUUGUUUUAUGAUAAUCAAAAUGCAAUUUACUU